AUGAUUGUCCCCGCCGGCGGCGCGUCCUACGAGGCUCCGAGCCUGUCGGACGAUAUUCCACGGGGUAUCGGGAGCAUGCCCGUCAGCUCCGUGGCAGACCUCGGCCGCUACUUGGCCUAUCGGCCCCUGGCAGACGACUUCUGGAUCCCCAUCCCCACGAGAUCAGCCCUCGCCCGAUUCCUGCUCGAGGAGCCGACGCGUUUGGACCUCCGGCCGACCGACGACCGGCGCUUCGGCCCGGAGCAUCACAUGGCGGGACUGCUGCACGGGAUACGGCUUCGCGAGUACAUGAUUGAGGAACUCGACGCCAUGUCGUACGCGUCCAUGUGGCGCCAGAUGCUCGGCCUGGACCGCAUCAACUGGUUUGUCAAGUGCCAGGUGGCUACGGGGCUACUUCGCAGGGAUAUUCGCGACCUCAAAAACCAGCACGUCUUUCACUCGUACGACGUCAGGAGGAAGAACUACAGUUCGUGCUUGACCAGGGAGAUGGAGCAGAACUGGGACUGGGCCUGCGAGACGGCGGCGAGGAGCCUCGGUGGCACGACAGACUGCGGAACUCGGAACAUUAUCGCAUUGUGA